AUGCGUCGAAAACGAUCGGAUGAGCUUCCUCGCUUCAUCUUCAUCUGCUGGUUCUUCUACCCCUCGCGCAGCAAACCAUCUGCAGACGGCGAGACGGCGGUCAACUGGUCCAACUUCGCGUACAGCUUCUACGCAACGGAUAGCGCAACCCUUUGUCAUGCAGUCCUCCUGGCAGACGCGCUUGUCCGACUAGGCAGCAAGGCAGACCGCGUCCUAUUCUACCCCGAGUACUGGGACACGACCAUAUCCGACUCAAAAGACCGAGAUAGUCAAUUGCUCGUGUUGGCGCGCGACAAGUACCAUGUCAAGCUUCAUCCGAUCAAUCUUCUGACCGUUGGAGGUCGCACCAAAGAGACGCCGAUGGCAAUGCCGCGCGCAUAUUGGGCUGACAGCAAACCAUGGCCGCUGACGUCUAUGCUUAUGGUCAUUAAGCCGGACCGAAGUGAACUUCGGCAGUUCAAAGACCGCAUGACUGGCGGGGGCAACAACAUGCUGGUGAACGCACACAGAUUUGACAUGGAGCUUGUCAACGAGCGCUUCGAGGAGAGCGCGCUUGUCCUGCCCCACAGGCCAUAUGCUCUGCUGACAGGCGAGUUUAGGCGCCACGAUCACUCGGCGUAUCUUGGUAAUCCUGAGGAGCAGUGGGAUGCCGAGAAGGUGUUCAAAGAAGCGAAGAUUGUCCAUUUCAGCGAUUGGCCUCUGCCAAAGCCUUGGAUCAUGUGGCCAUUUGAGGGUCUUCAAGAAAUGCAGCCAGACUGUGGCGGUGACAAGGAAAAGACCUGUGCCGAGCGGCGAAUAUGGAAGCAUCUCUACGAUGACUUUAGACACCGCCGAUUCGAGAUCUGCAAGCUGCUGAGUGUUCCCGCACCAGACUGGUAUCAGAUCAAGGGCGGCGAGCAUCCACGUAAUGCCACUGAAGGGACUGAACAUGCUGCGCCUCACGCCGAUGAUGCAUUGCCUUCUGCGGCGAGGUAA